GAUCAAAAUGGCGGACGAGUCGCGUGGUGAGAAGAAAGAACAAUUAAAGAAACCUUAUAAAGAAAGGCAAGAUUUCAUCUGCAAGCAGAAAAUAAAAGUUGAGCCAGAGCUUUUUGAUUUGGAAAAGAUUGCAAAGGAAGCAUCAAAAGCAUUGAAUUUAUCUGAGAAACCAAAUGAAUGUGGUGAAUGUGGCAUGGGUUUUACCCGACAUGCAUACCUGAAGAGACACCUAAUGAUUCACUCAGGGCAGAAACCAUACAGAUGUGAUGAAUGUGGUAAGGGCUUUACCCAAUCUGGAGCCCUGAAUAGACACCUAAGGAUUCACUCAGGACAGAAACCAUACAAAUGUGAUGAAUGUGGCAAGUGCUUCAACCAAUCUGCAAACCUGAAAACACACCUAAGGAUUCACUCAGGACAGAAACCAUACAAAUGUGAUGAAUGUGGCAAGUGCUUUAUCCAAUAUGUAGACCUGAAAAGACACCUAAAGAUACACACAGGACAGAAACCAUACGAAUGUGGUGAAUGUGGCAAGUGCUUUACCCGAUCUGAACGCCUUAAAACACACCUGAGGAUUCACUCAGGACAGAAACCAUACAAAUGUGACGUGUGUGGCAAGUGCUUUUCCGAAUCUAGAAACUUGAAAAGACACCUUAUGAUUCACUCAGGACAGAAACCGUACAAAUGUGACGUGUGCGGCAAGUGCUUUUCCGAAUCUGGAAACUUGAAGAAACACCUAAUGAUUCACUCAGGACAGAAGCCUUACAAAUGUGAUGAAUGUGGCAAGUGCUUUAUCCUAUAUAGGAACCUGAAAACACACCUAAGUAUUCACUCAAGAUAGAAACCAACAACAACAAACAUCUUUUAUUUGCACACAAAAUUAAGUGUUACAUAGGUUGGUUUUUUUUUUUAUUUUGUUUUCAUUAGAGAUAUAAUAUUACUCUUCUUUUUCUUUUUUUCUUUCUUUUUAUAUUCAUAUAUUUAUUGAGAGGGAGAGGAGAAAAAAAACCCUAGAGUGCAUACCAAGGGGGGACAAUGCUUCGGUGCGGGCACCCUAGAAUAGCUUGAGAGCUAAACGGGCAAGGGUGCACUUAAAUGUUAGGGAAAAAUCCUAGUUUGGAGAUCUGGAGGCUGUGUGCAUAAGCAAGAACGUACGAGAAAAACACAAAUAUAGAGACACGACAAGGAUACAGCAAGGAUACGACAAGAAUACAAGCUCGUACAAGCAGAGCGGAAACAAGGAAA